UGGUAUAGCUGGUAGCUGUGGCAGAUGAGCUGGUUCUAGCUAGCUAAAUAAGCCAAGGCUAAUAACACUAACGCUUUUCUGCAGGUGAUUAAGACGCUAUCUAAAACUCUGUAGAGUUGAGUGAACCAGGUUCAACUGUAAACUUGACCCUUUAAAACAAAUAUUUUGGGCCGGAGGCGUAUCCCUUUAAUUCGGAUAGCCUAUCACAGAUGAGCAGCGUUUUCUCCCGUUUUUAUUUAAACGACCUAUGCCCCCUUGUCACCUCUCGUAAAACCGAGCCCUUGGCACAGUAUUAUAUAGAGCCCUGAUCACAUUGUAACGUGGAGGAUGUAGUAAUGGUAACGUGGAGGAUGUAGUAAUGGUAACGUGGAGGAUGUAGUAAUGGUAAUGUGGAGGAUGUAGUAAUGGUAACGUGGAGGAUGUAUUAACGUGGAGGAUGUAGUAAUGGUAACGUGGAGGAUGUAGUAAUGGUAACGUGGAGGAUGUAGUAAUGGUAACGGGGAGGAUGUAGUAACGGGGAGGAUGUAGUAAUGGUAACGUGUAGGAUGUAGUAACGUUAACGUGGAGGAUGUAGUGACGGUAACGUGGAGGAUGUAGUAACGGGGAGGAUGUAGUAAUGGUAACGUGGAGGAUGUAGUGACGUGGAGGAUGUAGUAAUGGUAACGUGGAGGAUGUAGUGACGUGGAGGAUGUAGUAAUAGUAACGGUGGAGGAUGUAGUGAUGGUGGAGGAUGUAGUAACGGUAACGUGGAGGAUGUAGUAACGGUAACGUGGAGGAUGUAGUAAUGGUAACGUGGAGGAUGUAGUAAUGGUAACGUGGAGGAUGUAGUAAUGGUAACGUGGAGGAUGUAGUAACGUGGAGGAUGUAGUAAUGGUAACGUGGAGGAUGUAGUGAUGGUAACGGUGGAGGAUGUAGUGACGGUGGAGGAUGUAGUAAUGGUAACGUGGAGGAUGUAGUAAUGGUAACGUGGAGGAUGUAGUAACGGUAACGGUGGAGGAUGUAGUGACGGUGGAGGAUGUAGUAAUGGUAACGUGGAGGAUGUAGUAACGUGGAGGAUGUAGUGAUGGUGGAGGAUGUAGUAACGGUGGACGAUGUAGUAAUGGUAACGUGGAGAAUGUAGUAACGGUAACGUGGAGGAUGUAGUAAUGGUAACGUGGAGGAUGUAGUAACGUGGAGGAUGUAGUAAUGGUAACGUGGAGGAUGUAGUAACGUGGAGGAUGUAGUAAUGGUAACGUGAAGGAUGUAGUAACGUGGAGGAUGUAGUAAUGGUAACGUGGAGGAUGUAGUAACUUGGAGGAUGUAGUAACGUGGAGGAUGUAGUAAUGGUAAUGUGAAGGAUGUAGUAACGUGGAGGAUGUAGUAAUGGUAACAUGGAGGAUGUAGUAACGGUAACGUGGAGGAUGUAGUAACGGUAACGUGAAGGAUGUAGUAACGGUAACGUGAAGGAUGUAGUAACGUGGAGGAUGUAGUAAUGGUAACGUGGAGGAUGUAGUAACGGUAACGUGAAGGAUGUAGUAACGUGGAGGAUGUAGUAAUGGUAACGUGGAGGAUGUAGUAAUGUGGAGGAUGUAGUAACGGUAACGUGGAGGAUGUAGUAACGUGGAUGAUGUAGUUAUGGUAACGUGGAGGAUGUAGUAAUGGUAACGUGGAGGAUGUAGUAAUGGUAACGUGGAGGAUGUAGUAAUGGUAACGUGGAGGAUGUAGUAACUGUAACGUGGAGGAUGUAGUAACGUGGAGGAUGUAGUAAUGUGGAGGAUGUAGUAAUGGUAACGUGGAGGAUGUAGUAACGGGGAGGAUGUAGUAAUGGUAACGUGGAGGAUGUAGUAACGUGGAGGAUGUAGUAAUGGUAACGUGGAGGAUGUAGUAACGUGGAGGAUGUAGUAAUGGUAAUGUGUAGGAUGUAGUAACGUGGAGGAUGUAGUAACGUGGAGGAUGUAGUAACGUGGAGGAUGUAGUAACGUGGAGGAUGUAGUAACGUGGAGGAUGUAGUAACGUGGAGGAUGUAGUAACGUGGAGGAUGUAGUAACGGUAACGUGGAGGAUGUAGUAACGGUAACGUGGAGGAUGUAGUAACGGUAACGUGGAGGAUGUAGUAACGGUAACGUGGAGGAUGUAGUAACGGUAACGUGGAGGAUGUAGUAACGGUAACGUGGAGGAUGUAGUAAUGGUAACGUGGAGGAUGUAGUAAUGGUAACGUGGAGGAUGUAGUAAUGGUAACGUGGAGGAUGUAGUAAUCGUAACUUGGAGGAUGUAGUAAUCGUAACGUGGAGGAUGUAGUAACGGUAACGUGGAGGAUGUAGUAACGUGGAGGAUGUAGCCAGAUGUCUUUAGUAUUUCUCCCUUCAGUCCUGUGUCUAUUUGAUUUUAUCCAUAUCUAUUGCUACAGUUAAAAUGACAUCAGUUAAAAUGAUAAUUAUUCUUUAUUAUGAGAUAGAAUGUAACAUCUAUUAAAAUUGAAACCUGCUAAAACAAACACUCUAUCAUUCCGCGCUACGCAGCAACCAUGUGAACCGGCCGUUGCAGUAAACAUCUGUGACUAUGCUCAGUGCUCUCCUCCGGUUUUCUAGUAUAGGGGCUGAACGGUCAGUUUGCGCGCCAGUGUGGAGAAUAACCUCGGUGCUGAGAACCCGCUUUCAUUGAUCAGAUGACAGGACUAUACUGAAUGCAAAUUACAGGACUAUACUGAAUGCAAAUUACAGGACUAUACUGAAUGCAAAUGGCUCAUUGAUCAGAUGACAGGACUAUACUGAAUGCAAAUGGAUCAUUGAUCAGAUGACCGGACUAUACUGAAUGCAAAUGGGUCAUUGAUCAGAUGACAGGACUAUACUGAAUGCAAAUUGAUCAGAUGACAGGACUAUACUGAAUGCAAAUGGAUCAUUGAUCAGAUGACAGGACUAUACUGAAUGCAAAUGGAUCAUUGAUCAGAUGACAGGACUAUACUGAAUGCAAAUGGAUCAUUGAUCAGAUGGCAGGACUAUACUGAAUGCAAAUGGAUCAUUGAUCAGAUGACAGGACUAUACUGAAUGCAAAUGGUUCAUUGAUCAGAUAACAGGACUAUACUGAAUGCAAAUGGUUCAUUGAUCAGAUAACAGGACUAUACUGAAUGCAAAUGACAGGACUAUACUGAAUGCAAAUGGUUCAUUGAUCAGAUGACAGGACUUUACUGAAUGCAAAUGGAAGAAGUGAAAUGAGUAGGUAGCUAAAGUUUUGUUGUGAAAGGCUAGAAAUGAUCACGUUGCUGCGCCCAGGUUUUUCAGAUCAUGUUGUUUUUGUGUAGGUGACUGAUAACCUGUUUUAUAGUGGGUUAUUAUUUCGUUUUGUAGGCUACGAUUGAGAACCUUACCCCGAGGUCAGGGUCAAUUCAACGGACUUGCCAACUCUCCUUCCCCAACCUGUGCAGGCGGAUAGUCUCUUCCCUCUCGUCGUUUUCAGGACUUAUAGCUGGCCACUGGAAAGUCUGGUGGUGGUGGGGAGGCACAUGUGAUUAUAAUGGCCCUCCUACCCUUCUCACAGAAAUGAUCAAAUGAUAUGUAAGCGGAUUGUAGGUGUGUGAGCGAGCAGCAGCGUUGUUACAUUGUGGCGAUGGAAGGUUUUUGUGGAUCGGUGCACCGCUACAUCCUGGUAAAACAGAAAGAGGCAGUGCUGAGUUAAGAGACCGAAUAGACAUUUAGAUCAAAUACUGAGAGGGAAACACUUGGUCUGUUUCCAGAAAACCUUCGUUCUCUUGUGUAUGUAUCCUCUUGUUAUUUCAACGAUUCGAGUUUUUUGGGGGGCGGAGGGGGCGAAUCUAAAUUUAGUGUAGAUGCCGAAGGAAGGUCCGGUUGGUUGCGGAUAAAAAGGAACCGUAGCGGGGAGAACACAGCCCUCCCAACGGCGGAGAAGCGUCGCACCAUUUAGGGUUUUUCACAACAGCACAACAUCUUUGGCUAUUAUUUCGUAUUUUCGAUAGACGAGGAAGUUCAAUGGAAGAUAUGAGUUGUUUGGGCAACAGCAAGACUGAAGAUCAACGCAUCGACGAAAAGGCACAACAAGAGAAGAAUAAAAAAAUAGAAAAACAGUUGCAAAAAGAAAGACGAGCGUAUAAAGCGACGCACCGGCUGUUAUUAUUGGGUGCUGGAGAGUCCGGGAAAAGUACCGUUGUGAAGCAGAUGAGGAUUCUACACGUAAAUGGUUUUAACGCAGAAGAAAAGAAACAGAAAAUCCAAGAUAUUCUGAAAAACAUAAAGGAUGCCAUAGUGACGAUAGUGUCAGCCAUGAGCACCUUGAAACCCCCAGUCUCUCUCGCCAACCCCGAAGACCAGUUCAGAAUUGAAUACAUCAAAAGCAUAGCUCCUCUCUCGGACUUUGACUACACACAGGAGUUCUUUGAUCAUGCGAAGAAGCUGUGGGAUGACGAAGGAGUGAAGGCGUGCUUCGAAAGGUCCAACGAGUACCAGCUCAUCGACUGUGCACAAUAUUUCCUGGACAGAAUUGACUCAGUAAGACAAGGAGACUACAGUCCCACAGACCAGGACCUGCUACGAUGCAGAGUGUUAACUUCAGGGAUAUUCGAGACCCGAUUCCAAGUAGACAAAAUCACCUUUCAUAUGUUUGAUGUUGGCGGCCAGAGAGACGAAAGGAGAAAAUGGAUCCAGUGCUUUAAUGAUGUGACUGCUAUCAUCUUUGUGGUUGCCAGCAGCAGCUACAACAUGGUCAUAAGAGAGGACAACAACACCAACAGGCUACGGGAAGCCCUGGAUCUCUUCCGCAGUGUCUGGAAUAACAGAUGGUUACGCACUAUAUCGGUCAUAUUAUUUCUGAACAAGCAGGACAUGUUGGCUGAGAAGGUAUUAGCUGGAAAAUCCAAAAUCGAAAACUACUUCCCUGAAUAUGCCCGCUACACCUUACCCAAUGAAGCAACUCCUGGUGAACCUGGUGAAGACCCCAAAGUGACUAGAGCUAAGUUUUUCAUCCGAGAUGAGUUCCUGAGGAUCAGCACAGCCAGUGGAGAUGGCAGACACUACUGCUACCCCCACUUCACCUGUGCUGUGGACACGGAGAACAUCAGGAGAGUCUUCAACGACUGUCGCGAUAUGAUUCAGAGGAUGCAUCUGAGGCAGUACGAACUCCUGUGAAGGAAUGGACAGACAGACAAACACACACACACACACCCAUCAAGCCUUCUGGGGUUUUAUUCAACCAUUUUGUAUCCUCGACCCGAAAAAACUGACCUGCCCCUUCCUAACCCCACCCUCUGUCCCGUCCCUCUGUCCUGAUGGGGACUACUAAGUACGACUGAGGUGACAUCCUCUUCCUCUUGUUGGGAGACUGACUUGAGGUGACAUCCUCUUCCUCUUGUUGGGAGACUGACUGAGGUGACAUCCUCUUCCUCUUGUUGGGAGACUGACUGAGGUGUCAUCCUCUUCCUCUUGUUGGGAGACUGACUGAGGUGACAUCCUCUUCCUCUUGUUGGGAGACUGACUGAGGUGACAUCCUCUUCCUCUUGUUGGGAGACUGACUGAGGUGUCAUCCUCUUCCUCUUGUUGGGAGACUGACUGAGGUGACAUCCUCUUCCUCUUGUUGGGAGACUGACUGAGGUGUCAUCCUCUUCCUCUUGUUGGGAGACUGACUGAGGUUUCAUCCUCUUCCUCUUGUUGGGAGACUGACUGAGGGGUCAUCCUCUUCCUCUUGUUGGGAGACUGACUGAGGGGUUAUCCUCUUCCUCUUGUUGGGAGACUGACUGAGGUGUCAUCCUCUUCCUCUUGUUGGGAGACUGACUGAGGUGUCAUCCUCUUCCUCUUGUUGGGAGACUGACUGAGGUGACAUCCUCUUCCUCUUGUUGGGAGACUGACUGAGGUGUCAUCCUCUUCCUCUUGUUGGGAGACUGACUGAGGUGUCAUCCUCUUCCUCUUGUUGGGAGACUGACUGAGGUGACAUCACUGACUGACUGACUGACUUGCUGGCUGGCUUGCUAGGUGGGUGGUGGUGUGUACUG